GCGUCCAUUUUGUCCGGUGGAGCCUCGGCAGUGACACCGUCCACUCAGCGGCACCGCACCGGGACGACCGCGGAGCAAACACCGACACAUCCACCAGCAGCGAGCCGCUGACGUGGAGCCAGCAGCCGGAGGACAGCACCAAGCGAGCCCGAGGACCGUGACAGGAACGCCCCGAGCUGAGUAGGGGGCUGUGGCUCGCAACUUACCCCGGUCGCCGGCUCUGCUCCUCCGCCAGACCUCCGCCUCUCACCCCGCUCCCCGACUGGUUAGCUUCCCCCCCUCGGCUAGCUUCCCAGCUAUCACCCGCCGCCCCUCCCGCGUCCUCUCCCCGGGGGAACCCGCGCCUUCCCGGGGCUGUCAGUCCCACCCUCUCGCCGCGUGAGCUCCAGGGCAUGUCCCGAUCGGUUCUCGGUGACUUUUCCCACCCCCGGGGCGGUUUCGCUCCCACUUUGCCCCGCCGCCAGUGCUAGCUAGCCGCGGCGCAGGCUAACAAGUUGACGUGGAGCAGGAACUCGAGCGUCUGGUCCGGGGACAUUGUUGCUGCGGCUGUCGGAGCUUUGAUUUCCAGCGGAUUCGCGUCGCUUCUUCGUUCUAUUGACUCUUUCUCCCGCGAACCCCGUCGCCCAGGUCACGAGCAGCCCGGUAGCGAUGGUUAUUAGGUUCCACAAAGUCCUCCGCAGUGUUUACCAAGUCCACCGCGGGACUCGCUCCGGGUUCCCGUGCUGCAGCGUCAGCUAACACACGCCCGCUCCUCGGUGUCGUGGUGUUUACUUUAGAUCCUCCGGCAGAAUUGAUUGUGGACUUUUCCUCUGUCACCAAACAACAUUUUGUCUCGCUUGCGACAUCACGGCUCAGCUGGAGAGAAGAAGAAGAAGAAGAACUCGUCUGGUUCAGCCCCGACUUGACAGGGACGUCACGGGGAGCUGCUGAUCCGUGGAUCGGGUCGUUGUCGUGCGGAUUGAAGCAAAGAAGAAGAGGAGAAGAAGAAGAAGAAGAAGGAGGAAUAAUAAUAAGAGAUGUCAGGCCAAUCUAUCACGGACCGGAUCGCUGCAGCCCAGCACAGCAUGACCGGGUCGGCCAUCAGCAAGGCGGUGUGCAAAGCCACCACGCACGAAGUCAGCGGCCCCAAGAAGAAGCACCUCGACUAUCUGAUCCACUGCACCAAUGAGAUGAACGUGAACAUUCCCCAGCUGGCGGACACGCUCUUUGAGCGCACAGCCAACUCCAGCUGGGUGGUAGUCUUCAAAGCCCUGAUCACCACCCACCACCUCAUGAUGUACGGCAACGAGCGUUUCAUCCAGUACUUGGCCUCAAGAAACACUCUGUUUAACCUGAACAACUUCCUGGAUAAGGGUGCUCUGCAAGGCUACGACAUGUCCACCUUCAUCAGGAGAUACAGCCGUUACCUGAACGAGAAGGCCAUGUCCUACAGACUGGUGGCCGUGGACUUCACCAAGAUGAAGAGGGGGAUUGACGGAGUGAUGCGCACCAUGAGCACAGAGAAGCUGAUCAAGACGCUGCCCAUCAUCCAGAACCAGCUCGAUGCUCUGCUGGAUUUCCAGGCCAACCCCAACGAGCUGACCAACGGAGUGAUCAACUCGGCCUUCAUGCUGCUCUUCAAAGACUCCAUAAGGCUGUUUGCUGCUUACAAUGAGGGGGUCAUCAACCUGUUGGAAAAAUACUUUGACAUGAAGAAGAACCAGUGUAAAGACGCUCUGGAGAUCUACAAGAAAUUUCUUUACAGGAUGACGAAGCUGUCAGAGUUCCUCAAAGUGGCCGAGCAAGUUGGAAUAGAUCAGGGUGACAUCCCAGAUCUCUCACAGGCCCCCAGCAGCCUCCUGGAGGCUUUAGAGCAGCACCUGGCCUCUCUGGAGGGCAAGAAGACCAAGGAGUUGAACCCAGACACCAGAGCGUCCACCUUGUCCAGCGCCGUCUCCUCCCUGUCCUCCACCGGCAUGUCCUUCAGCCGCAUGGAUGAGAAGGAGAAGCAGCAGGCCCUGGAGGAGGAGCAGGCCAGACUGCAUGCUCUAAAGGUCCCUCAGGACCAGCGCCUGAAGGAGAUGAACAUGCAGACCCCGCCCUCUGCCUCCCCCAGCAGCCAAUCGAUAGGCCUCGCCAACAACAACCACAUCACACAAAACCCAGAGUUUUUCACCUCCACGCUGUCCGCCAACAGCGUGCCCAAUCUGAACAGUGACCUGUUUGAUCUUCAGCCGGCCUUCAUCCCUGCUGUGCAUAGCAAUCCUUCCAUCUCCACCGCCAACAGUGCCUGGGGAGGACUGGAGCAGACUGCACCGACCAUGGCCGUAGAUUUCGAUGCUGUGUUUGGGAAUAAAGCUGAACCCAGUAACAACGGCCACCAACCUGCAGCCGGUUUCGAUGCUCUCGGGGACUUGAUGAAGCCGACGAUUCACGCACACAGCCAGCCUCCACCUCAAAUGACCAUCCAUCACGGAGGGAAGAUGCUAGCCAACGACCUCGACUCCUCUCUGGCCAACCUUGUGGGCAAUCUGCAGUUCGGUGGGAUCCCAGCCAAGAAGCCAGAGAUGCAUUGGAGUCAGCCCGGAGAGAAGAAGCUGACGGGGGGGCACAACUGGCAGAACAAGACCAUGUCGACCACACAGUGGGGCCCGGCGCCCGUGGCCCCACAGCCCAUGCCUGUACAACAUGUGGCUCCAGCUCCCAUGGCUUUCCCCAUGUCCUCACCGCAAGUGCCUGUGUAUGGAAUGGUCCCUCCCCAGAUGGGUCAGAUGGGCGGGGUACAGGUGAUGGGUCCUCAGCAGAUGAUGUACAACCAGGCUGUUCUCAGACCCACCAACCCCUUCGCACCCAUGCCCGGCGCCCAGGUGAUGCUCGACACACACCACACAGAACCACCUUCACUUUGUUGGAAUCAGUCAGAACAGUUACACUGGAUGCAGUUUAUGUAAUCCAGUCGGGGGGGUAAGCAGAGUGCCAAAAGCGACAAACAAACAAACAAACAAACAAACCACAGAAGAAGAAAACACAGGAGAGGAACGAUCAGACGGACGGAGGAAUGAUUUGAUCAAGUUUAAAAUGACUAAGACGACAAGAACCGACACAAAACAGGAAGUGGACAGAGGCGGAGAUGACCCAACAGAAGAUGGAGGGGUGGGGGGGUAGUGUGGUGUCAUCCUGGCUGGUCGUUGUCUGAAACAACUCUGUGUGUUUGUGUGUGUGUGUGUGUGUGCAGCUUCUUCGCGUGGUUCUGAUUUGUGUUUUCAAUCCCAUCGAUGGAGUGAUGUUUCAGGAGAGGGAAUAAAGACAAGAGAGAAAGACGUGAGGACAGACGGGGGGGGGGGGGUCAGACGUUGUGUAUUUAUAUAUCUCACUGCUGCGAAAGUCUCUGCUGCAGAAUUAGCUUUAUUUCAUACUGGUGCUAUCUCUUCUUCUCUGGGUUACUGCCCGCCUGCAACGGCAACUCGCGAGUAUUUUACGAGAGGACAGGAGUUCAUUUAGUGUGAGUGCGGAGGUGUGUUGUGUGUUUGUGCAGAACGUGUGUACUUGUGCACUGCAGUUGUUUCAGACGAUGCCCUCACAACCAACCUCUAUUCCCCCCCCCCCCCUCGUUCUCCAGCUGCGUCCAAUCAGCGAGGGACCUGACCUCUUCUGGUGUUUCCCGAAGUUUUCUGCUCUAUUGGGGAAAUCUCUAUUGAGGACCUCUCCUGAAUGUUAUCGGGGCUUGUACAGCAAUUUGUUGAUCCUUUUGUUAAUAGUUGAGUGUUUUGCUGUUCUGGGUUUUUAAGCUAAAGUCUUUGUUACUCAUCCUGCAGCGUUUUCGUCUCUUCAGGCCACAGAUGCACACAGAGCUAGCACAACAUGCUAGUGCGGUCAAGAGGAGUCGGGUUACGAACAAGCGCUAGUAAUGUUCCGUUGUGUGUCCGUGUGAAAUGUUGGAGCUGUUUUAGCUGUUGUGCUAACAGCUAACUCAUUAGCCAGCCAGGGACACACAAGUGUGAGCUACCGUUAAACUUUGCAAGCUAAUGUUAAACUGUUCUCCAGUGUUUCUCUUCAAGAUGUUCAAACUAUUGUAGCUGUUGAGCUAACAGCUAGCCAGCCGAGAACAAUUAUUGACAGAUCGUCCCAAAAACACGACUAACGAGCUACAAUAGCUUCGUCUAAUUUCACUGCUAUCUCUGGACAGUUGUUGAUCAAUAGCACAAAUUUGUGAGUCAAAGUAAACAAAACAUUGAACAAUUCCUAAAUCUACAAAUUUUGAAUCUUUAGCUAGGCGCGAUUUUUCGUGCUUAUUCUGAAUAAAUUUCUACUUUUGCCGUGCUAGCAUCAUUAGCCCGUUAGCCCCUUGCUGAUCUGUGUGUACCUGUUCGUCUUGUGUUCAUCAGAUCGCCGAGCGGAUUCAAACAUCGAGGGGUUUCUAAAAUAAUACUUUUUCCAUUAGUUCACGUAUUCACGUAAUGUGCCAAUGGUUGUUGACGGCAGCACUGAGCGAGUCACAUGUUACUGAAUCAAGUUGAGGUCACUUUAAAUUGCACUGAAUCAAAGUGAGUCUCUUCUAGUGCGACUGGUUCUGCGCCGAGAGCCGAACACUGCAUUGUUAACGGGAAAUUCGGGGGGGGGGGGGGUAAUUCGGACUUGUGUACGAAGUCGUGGUCAUUCUUCAGCCAAAGCUUUCAUCGCCACGACUUUGUCUGUCGGUGUAUUUGGAUUUCAUGUGUUCACGUGUACGCUAACACAUUUAUAUGUACGUUUUCCAUUGAGGGCUAUUUCUGAGGGUCACAUGUUGAGUCUGCGAGUCUGACAUGAAAUGUGCUCCUUUCGUUUUUUUGUAAAAUCUAAUUUUGUUGCAAAAUGCACACGCGAAAAUGUUGCACUGAAGUGACUAUCCUGCCGAAGUCGAGCUGUCGCCGGAUCUCCUGGAGGCGUCGGGAGAUUAAGACAGUUUUGGGUUUUACAACAACAAGUUUGUCGGAUCUACCAGCCACAGUGGCGAGUAACUGAACGUUAUUUUCCUGCCAUUUUAACAAUGAACUUGAACCUGUUUGUACUCCCCCCCCCCCCCCCCCCCCCCCCCCCCCCCCCCAGCGUCUACACCCCGAACCAUCAGUGAUAGUCCCGUCGUCUCGGUCGCCGCUCUGUCUAGUCGCUCGCUCUAGAAUUCUUUCUUUCAGUGUUUGGUUUGUGUAGAUAUGUAAACGAAGAAAACGACAAAAAAAUAAAUAGUGCUAAUAAGCAGUUUGUGUCUCGAUCGUCUGCUCUCACCCGUCGCUGUUGGAUAGAUAUAGCUCUUGUCUUGUGUUAGCUUAGCCUCUCGUCAUGGUGUAGAAGACGUCCCGCUGUAGGUGUCCCCACCUCGUCCCUGCCGCUGUCUCGUAACUCUAGCUCUUAUCCCUUGGUGUCUCUGUCUUCUCGGUGUAGAUGAAACCUGUCGGAGGCUCGUUGGGUUUGUGCUUCGCUUCGCCUCGAGCUUUAAGUCGCUCUCUCUUCUCGCUUUCAGCUUCACUCCAGAGUCCGUUGGGAUCCUCGUCUUUCUUUUCUCUUCCCGUCUUCACAACGACGGCUCGUCUGCGCCUCAUGGUCGAGACGGCAGCCGCCAACAAACUGUUUCUGAUUGGACCGUUGAAUCCCACAUGGAGAUUGGCUGUCGAUGCUCAGUUAUUGGUCCAGCCAUGUUUUGAAAUGAGCUAAAUGCUAACAGAUGUGAAGUCGUGUGCUCAGGUAGCAUCUGAACCAGCUGCUGUGUGGACUCUCUUCCCGACUAAAUUGUUAAAAUAACUUUGAUAGAAGAAUAAGAUCUAAGGAGUCUGAAGCCUCAAACCCUCCAGGGUCCAGAACAAAAAGACCGAUGCAUUCAGAACUAUUUGUUUAGUGGACGCCUCCUCUUCCUGUCUAACGGUGGUUCUGGUGUCUUCUGGGACAAUCCGUCUCACUGUCUCUAAUCCGAUCAGUGAUCAUUUGUCGCAUCAGGAAGCGAAGCCGCUUUGAUGCAAAAUCAAAUCAUAUCAUUGAGGAUCGGAUCCUUUCUGAUGUUGAAUAUCCAGCUCAGAAAACAGAGGAACAGUAACAUCAGGAUUUUCUCACGAGCUAAAUCCACAUUUUCUGUUUCCCCCCCCCGGCCAGUUUCUUUUCUGUUUUUUAAACCUUUCAAUUUGUCUGCAUGGAAUCCAGUCCUGCCUGUUGCGUUGAGGUUUGAUUUCUCUUUGUGUCCCUUGAGGUUUCAAAGUUGUCUAAUUCUGUGCGAUACACAGCGAAGAGGAGGAGGAGGAGGAGACACUGUGGUUGUUUUCGUUUUAUCUUCGUCACUGGCUCACGUCCUGAGCGUCCAUGUAACUGCCAGUAAUUAAAACAGCUUUAUCACUUCGGUAAUGGUCGUAUCCAGGGGCGGGGGGGUUUUGGCCGAGCAUGCAGGCUCCUCUUUCGGCGACUCCCUCCCUCGAAGCUCUCUAGCUCUUCGUCUGGGAAAGUCCCCGGUACGACUGCCGUUCUCUGGGAUUGCCCAACGGCUCGGGCGGGCUUAGCAUCCCAUCGGCCUCGUGGGAAGUGUCUGAACUUUGACCUCUGCUGCCGCCUCCUCUCUGCGUCGUGUAGCAUGAAUCCAGACGGAGGAGGAUCCGCUGAUGAACCUUGAUGUCAUUUUAACACGUUCUCUGCUAAGGCCAAAUGUCGGGGGGGGCGGACUCCUCUCUCUCUUUCUGGGGUCGGUGAGAGCAUGGUUGUGUCGUUGUGGAUGUUUGUUGUCCUCUUCCCCCGAACAAAGCAUGAUUUAAUGGUGGUGGUGAUACUGAUGGUGAUCCCCCCCCCCCAGUCCCCGGUGUCCACACGUCUCCCUCAGAGCGAACUGGAUCAGACUUUCUUGACCAGUCAUUUUCGGUCCACGGCAGUUUGAGCUGAAUUGGACAGAAGGAGACAAACCUGUCGGGCGUCCCUCGUCCUCUGGGUCUCUGCACGCUUGUGGCGCCCCCUGUGGGUCGCUUGUGCACAGUGGAACAGAUUCUAAGUCGUCCUGGUUGUCGUCGGUGUCAAAGAUCUCGUGCACGUUCAGUUUUUCUACAUCUGUGUUUUUUGGUAAGAAACCUCGGAUUGCUGCCUCACUCUUCUGUACAUAGACAAACACACACACACACACACACACAGGACACGCAGCUUGACUACACACACUUAUAACCCGCAUUAUUUUUCAUUUACUCUUUAUUUUUCUGAACAGAUAUUCGUGUUCAUACAGCAGUAUAUAUUGGUAUGAUUACUACUCGGUGGGGGGGGGGGGGGUGAAACAGGAAGCAGAUUUCGAGGGGCAGCAAAUCAGGAUCAGCCAUUAAUUCUCAAAGAUGCCAAAUGUUCUAGUUUUUGAGCAGAGUUCCAACUUUUAAUUGGUUCCUCUCUCUUCUGUCUCCCCCCCCCCCCCCCCCCCUCCCUGUCUCUUUGUACAUUUUUUCUAUUUAUUUAAAGCAGAAUUAUAGAUUGUAUCAAGCAUGGAAAGGCUAACAAAUGUUACAGUGGACAAAAAUCACAGGCUUUUAUUUUACAGCAGUAUAUUUGUUUAUUCAAAGGAUUUGUUUUUCUCUUUUUUGGAAGAAAUAAAGUCAUUUUCCAUUCCUA